AUGAAGCUUUCCACGACCAUCGUGCUCUGUUGCCUCAUCCUGGGCGUCAGUAGCCAAAGAUGGAAAACAUUCUUCAGGGAAGCUGGUCAAGGAGCCAAAGACAUGUGGAGAGCCUACUCUGACAUGAGAGAAGCCAAUUACAAAAACUCAGAUAAAUACUUCCAUGCCCGGGGGAACUAUGAUGCUGCACGAAGGGGACCAGGGGGCGCCUGGGCUGCUAAAGUGAUCAGUGAUGCCAGAGAGGCUUAUCCCAGACUCACUAACCUUUUUAAGCAUGGAGACAGCGGCCAUGGAUUGGCGGACUCAAGGCCGGACCAGGAAGCCAACAGAUGGGGCCGGAGGGGCAAAGACCCCAAUCACUUCAGACCUCCCCGCCUGCCUUCCAAGUACUGA